CUACAUGUCUUUGGUGAAAAUAACCCAAAUUAGGAUGUAUUUUUUAGUUUGUAGGAAAGUUAUAGAGUUCCCAAACUAUGGUAUAGGUCUGAAUAUUGAUCAGUCCUUCAGUACUGACAGCCAAUCUAAUUUCUUGAGGUCCAAGAAUGUCAGAACAGUACAGAUAUCCCCCAAAUGACCCCUUUUUGCAAAGUAGACAGUCUGACAUACUUCAUUGGUCACAGCAGUAAUAUAGCAUUAUGUGGCCUCUUCUUCUUCUUUUUUUUUUUUUUUUUUGUAUA